AUGGAGAAACUUAAUACAUUCAAGUGCCACUUCACUUGGGACCUAAAGAAGGAGGAUGCUGAUCUUAAUUACCUGGACAUCAAAUUCACUGAGCAUCUGACAGUUCAAACUGAACGUGAAGGCAAUAUCAGACAGAGAGAAUUAAAUUUUUUGGCCUACAUUAAACAUCUGCAGGGCUUUACUGACAAAGCUCUUGAGUGUUUGGAAAAAGCAAAGCAGGAACACAGUGAUUGCGCCACCUGUGUAGUCACAUAUGGAAAUUUAGCUUGGUUGCACCAUCAUAUGGCUGAUGAUUCCCUGGUCAAAGUUUACGAGGAAAAACUGGCAGAAAUUUUAGAAUCAUUACCCACUUCAGAAAUUAAGUGGCUCCGAGAGGUCCAAAGUGAAAAGUCUUGGUCUCUUCUAUGGUUUUCAAAAAAGUACUAUGACCGAGCCAAAGAAAGCUUUCUCGAGGCUCUUCAGAAAGAGCCGUAUGACAAGGAAUGGAACACUGGCUAUGCCUUCUCUCUUUUUCAUCUGGAAGGCCAGGAGAUCAGAGAGGACAAGCGUGUGCCAUUUGAAGAGUCCCUUUCAGUAAGCCAGCUAAAGAAAGCCUUGAAACUGGAGCCAGACAAUGCCAUGAUCUGUGUCUACCUGGGCCUCAAGUGCUACAGGAACAAGAGAAAUUCUGAAGCCUGGCUGCACAUGCGGAAAGCACUGGAUAUGGCUCCAUUUGACUUGAGUGUUGUUUUGCAUGUGGCUAAGUUUAUGAAGAAGGAACAGUGUUAUGACAUGGCAUUGAAAGUGCUGCAAACAAUGCUAGAUAAAGCACCAGACUCAUCACGCUUGCAUCAUGAAAUUGCCAACAAUUACAGAUGGAAAGCCUGGCAGAUAAAAGACACACACAACCCAAAGCUUCUGAGUCUUUGCAUCCACCAUCUAGAGGAGGGAGGCCGUCUGAAUCCAUAUUUUAUCUACCCACAGAUUGAGUUAGCGCUUAGAUAUGCUGAAGUUAAGAAAUAUGCUCCAGCAAAGCAGAAGUUUGAGGAGCUGUUUGCUCGUCCAAACCUGACACCAGCUGAUCUUCAGGCCUGGCAUCGCUAUUAUGGAGACUUCAACAUGUACCACCUGGGCUCAGAGGCAACAGCGGUCAAGCAUUACAAAGAGGGCAUGGCAAUGAAAAGAGUAUCCACUGAAUGGAGGACCUGCAAAAACAGACUCUUCAAAGUCCUUCACAAUUCCAAAAAGGAUGUAUACGACAUUCAAGAGUUUAUAACUUCUUUAGAGGACAGGAGAUAUUGA